AUGUUGAUCUCCAACCAUUCUGGUGCUAUGACCUUCACAUUGCUGGGCGUCCCUGGCCUAGAGACACAGCAUUUAUGGCUUUCCAUCCCCUUCUCAACCAUGUUUGUUGUCAUCCUCAUGGGCAAUGGUGGCAUUCUUUUUCUGGUUGCAACACAGCCCUCCCUUCAAACACCCAUGUACUUUCUCUUGGCCAUGCUGAUGGUGUCUGAUUUGGUAUCUACCUUGGCUGUACUUCCUAGGGUCCUCUGCCUCUUCUGGUUUGGUGUCCAUGACAUUGGCAUCAAAGGAUGCCUUGUUCAGAUGUUCUUCAUCCAUUGUUCAUCUGUAGUGCGUUCAGCCCUCCUUGUGGCAAUGGCCUUUGAUCGCUAUGUGGCAGUUUGUGAGCCACUCCGUUAUAGUACCAUCCUGAACCACACCCUGGCAGGGCAGCUGGCAUUGGCAGCUCUUGCCAAAGGAGUGUUCCUUAUCUUCCCCAUGCCAUUACUGCUCCAGAGGCUGACCUUCUGCAGGACAGUCAUGCCUCAUACCUACUGUGACCACAUGGCUGUUGUGAAGAUGGCCUGUAGUCAUACCAAGCCCAGCCGUCUCUACGGAGUGUUUGUAUUCCUGAUGGUGUUAGGGCUGGACCUGCUGCUCAUUGGAGUCUCCUACGCACUGAUCCUACAUGCUGUGUUGCGCCUCUCAUCCCGAGAUGCCACUUUAAAGACACUUAAUACCUGCUCAGCCCACUUCUUUGUAAUCCUCAUCAGCUAUGUGCCAGCACUUUUCUCCUUCCUCACUCACCGCUUGGGCCCUAUCAUCCCUCCUCAUGCACACAUCCUGCUUGCUAAUCUAUACCUACUCACACCUUCAUUGUUCAACCCUCUUAUAUAUGGAAUUAAGAUGAAGGAGAUCCGGUACAAAAUGCCAAAAUGUCUGUGCAGGAGGGAUAUUUUGGCCAUCAACCCAGGACACAAAAAUGGAAGUGAAUGA